UCUCAAGUUCAAGAAAUCAUCGGCUUCGACUAGUUCGCUCUCACGAUCUCCUCCAUCUCUUCGUUUCCCCUCUCCUCUGCCGCCGAUCAUGGCGACUCAUCUGCUGAGACAUUCUCUCUCUCCUCAACCUGAGAUCUUCUUCAGUUAUAGAAGAAACAGCGAUGUCCUCGGCGUUGACUUCAUUUCUCGACUGCCGAGGGCGCGACAUCGCAACUUCACACGUCGGAGCAUUCUGCGGUCACAUACGGAUCCAAACUUUGCCGUAUGCAGCUCACUUGAAACUAGAAUUGACUCGGCCGCAACCACCCUGCAAGCGCAGGAGAAUAGUAAAGAUUCGCCCAUUUUACUAGAUGUUACUGGAAUGAUGUGUGGAGCUUGCGUCUCCCGAGUUAAAAACAUUCUGUCUGCCGACGAGCGAGUUGACUCGGUCGUCGUCAACAUGUUGACCGAGACCGCCGCCGUUAAGUUGAAAAAACUCGACGUUGCCCCAGCUUCAGUUCUGGAGACCGAUUAUCCGGGAAUUGUAGCCGAGGCCCUUGCUGGGAGACUGACUGAAUGUGGUUUUCCCACCAAACUGAGGGUUUCGGGUACGGGAAUGGCGGAAAAUGUGAGGAAGUGGAAGGAUUUGGCGAAGAAGAAGGAGGAACUGCUUGCGAAGAGUCGGAACCGUGUUGCCUUUGCUUGGACUUUGGUGGCGUUGUGCUGUGGAUCGCAUGCUUCGCAUAUUUUACAUUCUUUAGGAAUCCACAUUGCUCAUGGACCUGUAUGGGCAGCUCUUCAUAAUUCAUAUGCGAAAGGUAUAGCUUCGGCAGCUCUGUUGGGACCAGGUCGAGAAUUACUGGUCGAUGGCCUAAAGGCAUUUAAAAAGGGAUCACCAAAUAUGAACUCUCUUGUGGGAUUCGGUUCUAUUGCUGCCUUCAUCAUCAGUUCGAUCUCACUACUUAAUCCUGGGCUGGCUUGGGAUGCAUCAUUCUUUGAUGAGCCGGUCAUGCUUCUUGGUUUUGUGCUUCUAGGGCGUUCUUUGGAAGAAAGGGCGAGAAUUCAGGCAUCUAGUGAUAUGAAUGAACUUCUUUCAUUGAUUUCGACUCAAUCAAGACUUGUGAUUACUUCCUCAGAAGGGGCUCCAUCUCCGGCUAGUGUGCUUUGCUCUGAUGCGAUCUGUGUUGAAGUCCCAACUGACAAUGUUCGAGUAGGUGAUUCAGUGUUGGUGUUACCUGGAGAAACUAUUCCCAUAGAUGGAAGGGUUAUUUCUGGAAGAAGUGUUGUGGAUGAGUCAAUGCUAACAGGAGAGUCACUUCCUGUGUAUAAAGAAGAAGGCUUCACAGUUUCUGCGGGAACUAUAAACUGGGAUGGUCCUUUAAGGAUUGAAGCUUCUUCAACUGGCUCCAACACAAUGAUAUCCAAAAUUGUCCGCAUGGUUGAGGAUGCUCAAUCGCGUGAAGCACCCAUACAAAGGCUUGCAGAUUCAAUAGCUGGCCCAUUUGUAUACAGUGUUAUGACUCUGUCAGCAGCAACGUUUGCAUUUUGGUUUGUAAUUGGAUCACAUAUUUUUCCAGAUGUUUUACUUAAUGAUAUUGCGGGUCCAGAAGGAGAUCCUUUGCUUUUGAGCUUGAAACUUUCUGUAGAUGUCUUGGUUGUGUCUUGCCCUUGUGCACUGGGCCUUGCCACACCCACAGCAAUCCUAGUCGGCACCUCACUUGGUGCAAGAAAAGGACUUCUCAUUAGAGGUGGAGAUGUGUUGGAACGCUUAGCUAGCAUAAACUUCAUUGCUCUAGACAAGACAGGAACCAUCACCAGAGGAAAACCAGUUGUCUCUGCUGUGGGCUCUUGUAAUUAUAAGGAAUCAGAAAUUCUUCAGCUCGCUGCUGCAGUGGAGAAAACAGCAUCUCAUCCAAUAGCAAAGGCUAUUACCAAUAAAGCUGAAUCAUUAGAAUUGGUCCUUCCAGUCACAAAAGGGCAGUUAGUUCAGCCGGGUUUUGGAACCUUGGCAGAAAUAGAUGGACGGUUGGUGGCAGUCGGUUCCUUAGAAUGGGUACAUGAGCGAUUCCAGACAAGAAUGAAUUUAUCUGAUUUGAUGAAUCUGGAGGAUAUUUUGAUGAAUAAAUUAUCAAACAAUAUACCUUCGAACUAUUCAAAAACCGUUGUCCACGUUGGACGUGAAGGAGAAGGCAUCAUUGGUGCUAUUGCCAUAUCUGACAUUUUGCGUGAUGAUGCUAAAUCUACAGUAAUGAGACUCCAGCAGAAGGGUAUUAAAACAGUCCUCUUGUCAGGGGACAGGGAAGAGGCAGUUGCAACAGUUGCAGAAACAGUUGGGAUAGAAAGUAGUUUAGUCAAAGCAUCGCUGUCUCCACAGCAGAAAUCUACAUUUAUUUCGUCUCUCAAAGCUGCUGGACAUUGUGUUGCAAUGGUAGGUGAUGGGAUAAAUGAUGCGCCCUCUUUGGCCGUAGCUGAUGUUGGAAUUGCUCUGCAGAAUGAAGCUCAAGAAAAUGCUGCGUCAGAUGCAGCAUCAAUUAUAUUAAUUGGGAACAGAAUUUCACAAGUUGUAGAUGCCCUAGACCUGGCACAGGCAACCAUGGCGAAAGUGUACCAGAAUUUGUCUUGGGCAGUCGCUUAUAAUGUUGUCGCCAUGCCCAUUGCCGCUGGUGUGUUACUUCCCCGAUUUGAUUUUGCUAUGACGCCUUCACUUUCAGGGGGAUUGAUGGCUUUGAGCUCCAUUUUCGUGGUUGGCAACUCAUUGCUUCUACAGCUUCAUGAGUUCAAAAACAAGCAACAAGGGCCAGCUCCAAUCACCUUUUGAAGAGAUGUCUCCAUUCGAAUAUGUAUACGUAUAUGAAGUGUGAUAUGCAUCAGAGGCCACUAAGUUCAGCAUUCUAUCGAGUAAUCUGAAAUGCGACCAUCAAAGCUCCUCCUCUUCCUGCAUGUGGGUAUGGCUGCUAACGUGUAGAUUGUACCCGCUUUCAUCUAAUUGCCUUUUCUUGUAUAGAAACGGGUUAAAAAAUAAAACUAACUUAUUCUUUGGAGAAA